AUGGAGGGCUCUGACAAGGAGACUGCACACAACAGGUACCUGACCACAGCAGACUCCCCCUUAACUAAAAGGGACCUACAAAACCUACUGCAGGAAGCCACUGCAGAAAUUAAAGCACACACAAAGGCUGAACUGAACCGCCAAAUUCAGUCCCUUAAAGCUGACCUAGAGGCCCUGUCACACCGCACAGACCAUGCAGAGGCCAAACUCACUAAACUGGCUGACACCACCUCCUCUCACUCCCAAGAUAUCACCUACCUACAUGGCAAAAUGGCAGCACUUGAAGAAGAGAUAGAAGAGAUAGAAGACCUUAAUAAUAGGUCCAGAAGGAAUAAUAUCAGGGUGAGGGGACUACCAGAAACGGUAACUAAUGACCAGCUACAGGCCUCCCUCACCGACCUCUUUAACACGCUACUACCAGAGGCCACGCAGCACGACCUCGCAAUGGACAGAGCGCACAGGGCGCUUAGACCUCUGGCGCUGAACCCAGACACCCCUAGGGAUGUAAUAGUGCGGAUGCACCGUUUCCCCAUUAAGGAGCAAUUGGUCCGACAAGCCAGACAAAAUCCCCCAACUUUCCAACAGCAGACCAUAGCCCUUUAUCAGGACCUGGCGCCUUCGACUCUCAAGAAAAGGAGAGAUCUGCGACAAUUGACGAACACCCUCAACCACCACAGCAUACGAUACAUGUGGGGACACCCCUUCAAGCUGCUGGUCCGCAGAGAAAACCAGACGCACAUACUAUCGAAUGCGGCGGAGAUGAUCCCCUUCGCAGAGUCCCUAGGCCUCACGCUUCUACCUCUACAACCGAAUAGACCACCUGGCCCCAGAGGGAGACGUCAGGAACCCAUCAGCCAUUCACCUCGACGCACACCGAGGAAAAGAGCACCCCCAAGACCACAAGACGGCAGCCCACAGCGGCAUUAA